AUGUGGCGAUUCUGCUGUGUUGUAAACCGCAAAAAAUCGAAGAUAAUCGAGGUUCAAGGCCACUCAAAGAUUUCAUCCGACUUGUUGCCGGCGUCGUCCACCGUAAUCACAGAGCCGGCCUCCAGUUUAGCGAGUAUUUGUUGCGACGACUUCAGUUUGUGUCGAAGAUCGUCGUGGGCCAAAUCCAACGGCCACACAGCUGGCGACACCUCCAAUCACGGUUCGCGCGGGAUUACCGGUGACAGCAGCAGCGGAGGCGGCGGCGGCAACAGUGAGAACAGACCCCCACGACGCCACUCCACCCCCCACUUCGAGGUCGACUUUGAGACCGGCCGUCGACCGACGCUCGUUGUUGAGACAACCGCCUGCCUUGCCAUCGCAGAAUCUUUCGAUUUGGGACACAGCCGUCGGAGCUCCAGUAUCAGCGCAACCGUCUACAAACCCCUGGGCAUGAGUAAUCGCAGAAAAAUAACCGGUAUUACCUCAGAAACACCCCUGAACGAGCCAAAACGCUGUCCAGUCGAACCCGCUUCCCCUACCGAGGGAGAUAGCAAUUUAAGACGUGGGUCAAGUCGAAAAAAAUCCGGAUUUAUGAAGUUGCGUGCUCCUGGGUCGUCUUUUAGGAAGAGAAUGUUGCUUAAAAAGAGUGAAAGGGGUGGCUUUCCCCGGCUAAACUUUAUGUCACGAACGCGAACAAGAAGGGGGACCGAGGUGGCGGCGGCGGAGGAGGAGGAGGGGCCGUCAACGAGUGAGGCCUGCGACCGACUCGCACGUCUGCCGGGCCGCUACCCUCCCGUCUCCCCGGGGGUGUCGAGAGUCUCGCUGAACAGCAGUGGAAUUACCGUCAGCUCACGACGCGAUUCCUUCUGCAUUUUUAGCCACUCCGAGGAGCCAAUUGUGACGCCCUUCGCUCAGAUACUCGCCAGCCUCAGGAAAGUCCGUGCCAACUUCAUAUGCCUCACGAAUGUGCACAGCUCAAAAGAGUGA